CACCUGGUGCAGAGGAGCGUGGUCCUCUUCGUUGUCGGUGCUUUCAUGGCCCUGGUGCUGAACUUGCUGCAGAUACAGCGAAAUGUGACUCUCUUCCCCGAUGAAGUGAUUUCCACGCUCUUCUCCUCCGCCUGGUGGGUGCCCCCGUGCUGCGGAACAGCAGCAG